AUGAUGAACCGCUACACCACCCUAAGGCAGCUAGGUGAUGGCACCUAUGGCAGCGUGCUUAUGGGGAGAAGCAACGAAUCUGGAGAACUUGUUGCCAUUAAAAGAAUGAAGAGGAAGUUUUAUUCAUGGGAGGAAUGUAUGAACCUCAGAGAGGUGAAGUCUCUGAAGAAGCUGAACCAUGCAAAUGUUGUGAAGUUGAAGGAAGUCAUCAGAGAGAAUGAUCACCUAUACUUUGUAUUUGAAUACAUGAAGGAGAACCUCUAUCAGCUCAUGAAGGACAGAGAAAAUAAGAUGUUCUCAGAGAAUGAACUGAGGAACAUCAUGUUUCAAGUGUUAGCUGGCUUGGCUUUUGUACAUAAGCAUGGUUUCUUCCACCGUGACAUGAAGCCAGAAAACCUUUUGUGCAUGGGUCCAGAACUGGUUAAAAUAGCAGAUUUUGGACUGGCUCGGGAGAUCCGCUCCAAGCCUCCCUAUACUGACUAUGUGUCGACAAGAUGGUACCGAGCACCAGAGGUUCUGCUCAGGUCAUCUACUUACAGCUCUCCGAUUGACUUGUGGGCUGUGGGAUGCAUCAUGGCAGAACUCUACACACUCAGGCCUCUCUUCCCUGGGAACAGUGAAGUGGAUGAGAUUUUUAAGAUCUGCCAAGUCCUAGGCACUGUCAAGAAGCUGGACUGGCCAGAGGGCUACCAACUGGCUUCAGCCAUGAACUUUCGCUUCCCUCAAUGUGUGCCGACCCCCUUGAAGACGCUCAUUCCCAAUGCCAGCAGAGAGGCGAUUGCUUUGAUGAAAGACCUACUCCAGUGGGACCCCAAAAAAAGACCCACCGCUGUACAGGCCCUUCGUUACCCAUACUUCCAGGUUGGACAGGUCCUCGGUCCUCGUCCUCACAGCCAAGAAGCCAAGAAGGUCCAGGCCCGACAGAUAAUACAAAAGCAGGUCUCAGAUUCUAGGGUGGACCCCAAACCCCCAAACUUUUCUGAGCCCAAAGCCUCUAAAUCACCUCCCCAAAACACUCAGCAGCAUCAACCUCUGCAGCAAAUCAUCCUUCCUCAAGCCAGUAAACCAGGCGACAUCAACCAAGGAAAAGCAGCGCCAAUUGGCAAUGAAAACAAAAUUGGAGCAGGCAUAGUAAAGAAUGGAAGACGCCGCUGGGGCCAGACUGUAACAAGAACCUCAGACAGUUGGGAUGAUUCUGAUCAAUCAGACACAGCCGUUUCUCACUCCAAGAAACCUAGUCUAGGAAACUCACAGGAGGAGAGGAACUUGAAGAAACUUCGGCCUCAGGCCAGGGACAACAAACCUCUGUAUUCCUACAGCACUGUUACCAAACUACCUAGCAAUGUUACGGUUGGUCCUGUGGACCCCAAUCUCCCAGGAUCUGCAGCACGCCAGCAUUACCUCAGCCAGUCCAGAUACCUGCCAGGAUUGAUCAGCAAGAAUCAGGUAGCAUCAGGAGAAAAAGUGUUGGCCAGUCUCAGAUUAAGAGACUUGUGGGAGAACUCCUCAAACACAGGAAACAAUCCACUUAUUCCCGUUGGAGCUGGAUUAUCAGUCAACAGAGCUAACCCAGGCAAUUUUGUAACCACCAAGUAUAACCUAUCCACUGGUUUCAUCCCUUCAUUACAAAAGAAAGAGGUGGGCUCUGUGGGACAGAGGAUUCAGCUUGCUCCUUUAGCUGGCCAUCACACAAUCAAUCGUUCUUCUCCUGAAAUUAGAAAAGACAAAACAAAAUGCCCAAAGCCUAAAUCCAUCUCAUCUUUCAGUGAAACCAAUGAAGAUUACGAGGGAUGGAAAAGGAGGACAGACGGAACUCAGGUGUUGAAAGGGAGCAACUACUUAGGUCUGGGGAAGAACUCGGGCAGUUUAUUGAACAGAGCUCCUGCCGUCCAGCCGGUCCACGGCAGGGUAGAUUGGACUUCAAAGUAUGGUGGAAAUCGGUAG